AUGGCUAAUUUUGAUGAGUUGGCAAAUUUAAUUGCAAUUCAAAAUACACAACACCGGCAAUAUUUUCAAAGAAAUCCAAGAAUUCGCAAUAAUAAUAUUAAUAAUUCUUUUGAACUUUCGGACUCAGAAUUUAUAAAAAAAAUACAGGCUAACUAUAAGAAUUUGACUAACAUUUCAAUACGACAAUUAAGUCCUUAUCUAAAGAUAAAAAAAGAUCAUCUGAUUUAG